AUGGGCAAGGUUUUCUUCAGCGUUCCGGUCAACUCAGUGCGGAGAGCCCGCUGCUCCUGUCCCGGGCGAUGCUACCUCUCCUGCAGAAUCCCUCCUACUGCCGCCCUCCAAGCACCGAGUGGGCUUGGCUGCGCGCGGGUUCCGGGGAAGGCUGCAGGUGGAGCCGUCGGAUCCGGCCCCUCGGGGACCGGUGGCUUCCUCUCCGGGCCCACGUUCCAGGCUCCCAGCAGCUGGAAGGAUAGCGUCGGAGCCCCGCCUGCCCCAGACGUCUUGAGAGCCGACAGUGCUGUGGGUGAGGGUUGCCCUCAGAAGCUGGUGCCGGCAAAUUUGCUGCGCUUCCUCCUGCUGGCGCUCAUCCCCUGCAUCUGCGCCCUCAUCGUGCUGCUGGCCAUCUUGCUGUCUUUCGUGGGAACAUUAAAACAGGUUUAUUUUAAAUCAAAUGCAAGUGAACCUGUUGUCACUGAUAAUGAAGUUCAAGUGCCUGGUGUUUUCCCGGUAACUACAGUAUGUAACGAGAGCACAGGGGCACCUGCUACGGCCCCCAGCCAAUUCACUCCGGCCUGGACACCUAGAGCUCCCUCUCACUCUGGGGACCAGAGUCACAGGAAUGCAAGUGCCUGCAUGGCCAUCACUCACAGCCAGUGUCAGAUUCUUCCAUACCACAGCACCAUGGCACCUCUCUUGCCAAUUGUCAAAACUAUGGACAUGGAGAAGUUCCUCAAGUUCUUCACGUACCUCCAUCGCCUCAGUUGCUAUCAACAUAUCCUGCUCUUCGGCUGUAGCCUCGCCUUCCCUGAGUGCAUCAUUGAUGGUGAUGACAGGCGUGGCCUCCUUCCCUGUAGAUCUUUCUGUGAGGCUGCAAAAGAAGGGUGUGAAUCUGUCCUGGGGAUGGUGAACUCCUCCUGGCCAGAUUCCCUCAGAUGCUCUCAGUUUAGAGACCACACCGAGAGCAACAACAGUGUCAGCAAGAUCUGCUUCUCACUGCAACAGGAACAUGGAAAGCAAUCGCUCUGUGGAGGGGGCGAGAGCUUCCAUUGCACCAGCGGGCUCUGCAUCCCGGAGAAGCUGCUCUGUAACGGUUACAACGACUGCGGCGACUGGAGCGACGAGGCCUUCUGCAACUGCAGUGAGGACCUGUUUCACUGCCGCACGGGCAAGUGCCUCAGUCACAGCCUCGUGUGUGACGGCUAUGACGACUGUGGUGAUCUGAGCGACGAGCAAGACUGUGAUUGCAACCUCACAAAAGAGCACCGCUGUGGGGAUGGACGCUGCAUCGCAGCUGAGUGGGUGUGUGAUGGGGACCAUGACUGUGUGGACAAGUCUGACGAGAUCAACUGCUCUUGCCACAGCCAGGGCCUGGUGGAAUGCAGAAGUGGGCAGUGCAUUCCUAGCAGCUUCCGGUGUGACGGAGACGAAGACUGCCAGGACGGGAGUGACGAGGAGAGCUGCGGUGACCGUCAGACGCCAUGUCCAGAAGGAGAUGAGGGAUGCCUCGACGGUUCUUGCCUUGAUACAUGUGCUGGUAGCUCUCCGUGUGACUCGGACGGCGGCCUGAGGAACUGUAGUCAAUGUGAGCCAAUCACUAUGGAACUCUGCAUGAAUCUGCCCUACAACCAUACACACUAUCCAAACUACCUUGGCCACAGGACUCAAAAGGAAGCAUCUAUCAGCUGGGAGUCAUCUCUCUUCCCUGCACUUGUUCAAACCAACUGUUACAAAUACCUCAUGUUUUUCGCUUGCACCAUUUUGGUUCCCAAGUGCGAUGUGAAUACAGGCCAGCGCAUCCCCCCUUGCAGACCCCUGUGUGAGCACUCCAAAGAGCGCUGUGAGUCUGUUCUUGGGAUCAUAGGCCUCCAGUGGCCUGAAGACACAGAUUGCAAUCAAUUCCCAGAGGAAAAUUCAGACAAUCAAACUUGCCUCCUGCCCAAUGAAGACGUGGAAGAAUGUUCACCAAGUCACUUCAAGUGUCGCUCAGGACGGUGUGUCUUAGGUUCCAGAAGGUGCGAUGGCCAGGCCGACUGUGACGAUGGCAGCGAUGAAGAGAACUGUGGUUGCAAAGAGAGAGAUCUUUGGGAAUGUCCAUCCAAUAAGCAAUGUCUGAAGCACACGUUGAUCUGUGAUGGAGUUCCAGACUGCCCUGAUAGCAUGGAUGAAAAAAACUGCUCAUUUUGCCAGGAUGAUGAGCUGGAAUGUGCCAACCAUGAGUGUGUGCCACGUGACCUGUGGUGUGACGGAGGGGUCGACUGCUCAGACAGUUCAGAUGAAUGGGACUGUGUGACCCUCUCUAAAAAUGGGAGCUCCUCCUCAUUCCUGGCCGUUCACAGAUCUGCAACCGAACACCACGUGUGUGCCGAUGGCUGGCAGGAGGCGUUGAGUCAGCUGGCCUGCAGGCAGAUGGGUUUAGGAGAACAAGCUGUGACUGAGAUAAUCCAAGGACAGGAAAGCCAGCCCUGGCUGAGGUUGCACUCAAACUGGGAGAAUCUCACUGGGACCACCUUGCAGGAGUUGCUGGUACACAGGCAGUCCUGUCCAAGCAGAAGUAAGAUUUCCCUUCUGUGUAUUAAUCAAGACUGUGGCCGCCGCCCUGCUGCGCGCAUGAACAAGAGGAUCCUUGGGGGUCGGACUAGUCGUCCUGGGAGGUGGCCCUGGCAAUGCUCUCUGCAGAGUGAACCCAGUGGACACAUCUGUGGCUGUGUCCUCAUUGCCAAGAAGUGGGUUCUCACGGUCGCCCACUGCUUUGAGGGGAGAGAGGAUGCUGAAAUUUGGAAAGUGGUAUUUGGCAUAAACAACCUGGACCAUCCGUCAGCCUUCAUGCAGACCCGCUUUGUGAAGACCAUCCUGCUACAUCCCCGUUAUAGUCGAGUGGUGGUGGACUACGACAUCAGCAUAGUGGAGCUGAGCGAUGAUAUCAAUGAGACAAGCUACGUCAGACCUGUCUGUUUACCCAGCCCAGAGGAGUAUCUGGAACCAGAUACGUACUGCUACAUCACAGGCUGGGGCCACAUGGGCAACAAAAUGCCCUUUAAGCUGCAGGAGGGAGAGGUCCGCAUUAUCCCUCUGGAGCGGUGUCAGUCCUAUUUUGACAUGAAGACCAUCACCAGUCGGAUGAUAUGUGCUGGCUAUGAGGCUGGCACCGUGGACUCGUGCAUGGGAGACAGUGGUGGGCCUCUGGUUUGUGAGAGACCCGGAGGACAGUGGACAUUAUUCGGUUUAACUUCGUGGGGCUCCGUCUGCUUUUCCAAAGUCCUGGGGCCUGGAGUGUACAGCAAUGUCUCUUACUUUGUUGAAUGGAUUGAAAGACAAAUAUAUAUCAAGACCUUUCUCCAAAAGGAAUUCCAAGGAUGAGCAGAGACUCUGCCAGCAACCCACACAAGCAUGGCCCUCUUGACCGUGAAGAGUGCCCCGCCAAGAGCUUUUGUGGGCAGGGCACUCAAUGUGCCCUGCAAGACCUCUUGUUUGUACCAGACCCAUUUUCCUCAGCCUUUUUUUUUUUUUUCCCAGCUUUAUCAUUCAUUAAUUUCAUGAAUUCUUUUCAAAGCACAGAGCACAGUAGGUUUUGUUCUUUCCCUAGGCUAACCUUGAAUGUAGUGUGGAAGUAUCAACUCUGUAGAAACGACAUCUGGGGCUCUAUGGUAACAAGUGAUAGGAAGUUCCUUUUCGUACUAUCGUAGCAAACAGAUGGAGAGACAUACUGAUGGGUCUCCUCCAGUUUCUGUUCAAG